AUGAUAGAAGACAAAGGUCCUCGAGUGGCUGACUAUUUUGUAGUGGCAGGGCUCACUGAUACAGAUACUGCAACCCUCCUAGACCAAGAAAUAAGCCGACAUGAAACAAAGUCAACUGGUCCAAAGGCUCCAAUUACUGAUAUUGCUGUGAUAAUUAAAUCAGCUGGUGAAACUGUCCCAGAGGGAUAUACCUGUGUUGAAGCCACCCCCACCGCCCUUCAAGCCAACUUAAACUAUGGAAGUCUAAAGAGUCCUGAACUUUUUCUUUGCUACAAGAGAGGCCGGGACAAACCACCUCUUACUGACAUCGGAGUUCUAUAUGAAGGGAAGGAACGCAUCAUUUCAGGCUGUGAGGUGAUUCAAGCUACUCCUUAUGGUCGUUGUGCUAAUGUUAACAACAGUUCAGCUUCUUCUCAACGGAUCUUUAUCACAUAUCGAAGGGCUCCUCCAGUACGACCUCAAAAUUCAUUGGCAGUGACAGAUAUCUGUGUUAUUGUUACCAGCAAAGGAGAAACCCCUCCUCAUACAUUCUGCAAAGUUGAUAAGAAUUUAAAUUGUGGUAUGUGGGGUUCCAGUGUAUACCUUUGUUACAAGAAGUCUGUGCCAGCAUCUAACUCUUUAGCGUAUAAAGCUGGCUUAAUUUUCAGAUAUCCCCAAGAGAACUAUGAGUCAUUCCCACUGUCAGAUUCUGUACCUCUCUUCUGCCUUCCUAUGGGAGCUACUAUUGAGUGCUGGGACCCUCAGACCAAAUAUCCACUACCAGUGUUCUCAACAUUUGUACUGACCUGCUCUUCUGCAGAAAAGGUUUAUGGUGCUGCUAUUCAGUUUUAUGAGCCUUAUCCCCGGGAGCUGCUAACAGAAAAACAACAAUUGCAGCUGGGUCUCCUGACAGCUGUAGAGAGGAAAGUGGUUACUUCCAAGUCCAUCAAUUCCAACAAAUGCAUCUGCCUUCUGUCACACUGGCCUUUCUUUGAAGCAUUUCGAAAAUUUCUUAUGUUCAUCUACAAACUCUCUGUCUCUGGACCUCAUCCCCUUCCCAUUGAGAAGCACAUAUCCCAUUUUAUGCACAAUAUACCUUUCCCUUCACCACAAAGGCCAAGAAUUCUUGUGCAGCUUUCUGCCCAUGAUGCAUUAAUACUGUCUCAGCCAGUUUCUACACCAUUGCCAUUAAGUGGAGCAAACUUUAGCACUCUGCUCAUGAAUCUUGGACCGGAAAACUGUGCCACUCUGUUACUCUUUGUAUUGCUAGAAGGCAAGAUCCUCCUCCAUUCUCUUAGACCAGCUGUGUUGACAGGAGUUGCUGAAGCUGUAGCAGCUAUGAUAUUUCCAUUUCAGUGGCAAUGUCCAUAUAUCCCUCUCUGUCCUUUGUCUCUGGCCGCUGUACUCAGUGCACCUGUUCCAUUUAUUGUUGGAGUUGAUUCACGAUACUUUGAUCUGUACGAUCCACCACAGGAUAUUGUGUGCAUUGACUUAGACACAAACAUGGUGUACAUAUCAGAUGAUAAGAAGAGCACCAACUGGAAGCAGUUUCCUAAGAAGCCAUGUAAAAGUUUGCUCAGUACCUUGAAGAAACUGCACCCGCAGCUGGCAGCAGUUCACAGGAAAACUCAAGAAGGCUCUGCAGUGGAGAUGACUCCUAUUGAGGCAGAUUUCUCCUGGCAGAAGAAGAUGACAGAACUUGAGAUGGAGAUCCAGGAAGCUUUUCUCCGAUUCAUGGCAUCUAUUUUAAAGGGUUACAGAACAUUCCUCAAGCCAAUCACGCAGGCGCCUUCAAAUAAAGCAACUGCUGCUGAUUCCUUGUUUGAUCAUCAAGGAUUUUUAAAAAGCAGAGACCGGGCCUAUGCAAAGUUCUACACGCAUCUCACCAAAACGCAGAUAUUCAGCCGCUUUAUUGAAGAGUGCAGUUUUGUGAGUGACAAGGAUACUGGCUUGGCGUUUUUUGAUGACUGCAUAGAAAAGCUCUUUCCGGAUAAAGGAACAGAAAAAGGAGAGAAGGUUGAUGUAGAUUCUGUUGAAGAUGCACGGUUGAUUGAGCUUGAUGAGUCACAAAAAAGUGAACACACAGUGUUCAUAAUGCCACCAGAACCUCCCACUGAUGACGGACAGGACCGAGUGCCAAAAUACAGCUAUAAAAACUUCCCACGACUAGAUUUCAAGCUCUUUGACAGGCCACAAGAGCUCAAGCUCUCCUUCAGCAGACACCCAGCUGGAAGCAGCAUUUCGAAUAGUCCAGCACUCAUGGCAAAGAGGACAAAACAGGAGAUAAAAACAGCCCAUAAAUUAGCCAAGAAGUUUUAUGUAAGCCCCCCACAGUGGGCUAAGUGUCUCUUCAGUCAUAGUUACAGUCUAUGGUUUAUUUGUCUGCCAGCCUACAUCAGAGUUGCACAUCCCAAAGUCAAAGCACUGCAGCGGGCAUACGAUGUUCUAAUUAAAAUGAGGAAAACUGAUGUGGAACCACUAGACGAGGUCUGCUACAGAGUUGUAAUGCAGCUUUGUGGACUGUGGGGUCAGCCUGUUCAGGCUGUGAGAGUCCUCUUUGAAAUGAAAAAUGCUGGAAUACAACCAAAUGCCAUCACCUAUGGUUAUUACAAUAAGGCGGUUUUAGAGUCUCCUUGGCCUAGCAGUAACCGCAGUGGCAUAUUCCUGUGGACAAAGGUACGAAAUGUAGUUCGUGGCACAGCACAAUUUAGGCAGUGCUUAAAGAAAUCAACGCAGAGCCCACGAGUACCUGUGAUAUCAGCUCUGCGGAGUACCACGGGUGGAAGUGAUGGGGACAUGGUGAGCCACGGUAGCGUGGAUAGUUCUAACGAUGCUAACAGUGGGGAGCACGCUCUCUUCGUCAGUGACUUAGUCAGGCUUGAUUCCAUUGAUAAUCACUCUAGCACAGGUGGUCAGUCAGACCACGGCUACGGAUCCAAGGAUGAACUUUUACGAGAUGAUGGGGAUAGUCUUCAUGCAACUGAAACACAAGUAGAGAAAGAUAUUUCUUCUAAAGCUGAAGACCUAAUAGGAGAGGUUUGUACUGAGAAAUCUGAUGAAAAGCAACGUCUGAAUAUAGAAACUCCUAGUCCAACAGACCCACCUGCUUGGGGUAACAGUAUUGUGAAAGUUCCAUCUGGCAUUUUUGACAGCAGUGGAAGGAAAAGCAAAACUGGUUCGAGCCCACUGUUCAUAACUCAGGAUUCAGCUGAAGAUGUAGUCUUUGAUGUUUCUCCUAAGAAAACAAGUGAAAAAGGACAGAAGAGGCAGAAACUGUUUUCAGAGAGAAGCUGCAGUUUCAGCAGUGAAAGCAGAGCAGGAAUGCUGCUGAAAAAAGGCAGCUUGGACUUGCAUUCUAAAGAAAUAGCAAUAAUGAUGGGAGCAGAUGCCAAGAUCCUAACAGCAGCUUUAUCUGGGGCCAAAACUACACCCUGUCAUAUAAAUAAAUCCCAUAGCUUUGAAAGUAUCACUGACCAGCAGGUUUCUGGCGUAAGUGGCACUUGGAGUUGUGUGACUGAGUGUGAUUGGGAAUUGGAGCACAGGUCUUCACCAGUGCUGGAAGAGCCUGGGGAAGGGCAGGAGCAACUUGAGAAUGGAAGAGAUGAAAACAUGACCACAGUGGAAGACAUGAACCUUGAACAGUCAGCUGAGUCCAAAAACCAGAAGUCAGAAUCCAAAGAUGCAGCUACUAAAAGGAAUAGUUUUUAUGGAGUGGUUAAGCCUAUUGAAAGGGAAGAUGUUGAAGUAGGCUUGGACCCUUUAUCUUUGCUGGCUACUGACAGCAUGCAACCAAGGCAUCCAGAACCUGAGGAAAAGUUGGUGUCACCAGUUGCAGCACGCAAUUUGGCAGAUGAAAUAGAGAGCUAUAUGAAUCUGAAGAACCCCCUGGGUAGUAAGUUUCCCAGCAUGGAACUGCACAAGCCAGACAGGGAAGCAGAAGCCUCUGGUACCCUUGGCCACUCCCAAGAAAGGAGGUCAAGCCUGCCUUUGGAUCCCAUCCUGCCAUCCCCCAAGUCUUACGAAAACAGGAGAAGUCCUUCUGUCUCCAGAUCCAAAACAUUCACUGGACGACCAAAGCAACAAACCCAUCCACGAGUUCAAAAGGAGCGGUCUUCAUCUUUGACAGGACUGGGUUGUUCUUCUCCACAUGGCUCGUUAGGAUCUGUUGUAACAACUUUAUCCAAUCUGAAGUUAGACAAUAUACUGUCUGGACCAAAAAUGGAUGUUCUGAAGUCAGGCAUGAAGCAGGCUGCCAACGUGGCCAGUAAGAUGUGGGGAGUUGUAACUUCAGCAUAUAGUUACUCAGAUGAUGAGGAAGAAAACAAUCGACCAGACUUUAACUUCCCUGCUGGUUUUGAAGAUAAUAUUUUAGGAGAUAAUCUGUCAUCAAGAACUGGAGUCCCAGGGCUAAUUACAAAUGAGCUUGCACAAAGCACUACUAGUCUUGGCAGUAGCAGUAGCAGUGGAGAUGCAGGAAGACAGCAUUACAGUGCAGGUGAAGUUUCAUUCCCAAGAGGUAUGAAAGUUGCAGAUUCUGAGAAGUCUGAGCAUAGCUCUUCACAUAAUACUAGUUUAUCCAGCAUUUUCCAGAACUAUGCAAUGGAGGUAUUGAUGUCAAGCUGUUCUCAAUGUAGAGCUUGUGGUGCUUUGGUUUAUGAUGAAGAAAUUAUGGCUGGAUGGACAGCAGAUGAUUCAAACUUGAACACUACCUGCCCUUUCUGUAAAAGUACCUUCCUGCCUUUACUUAAUGUUGAAUUUAAAGAUCUGCGUGGAUCUGCAAGCUUUUUCCUGAAGCAAAGUACCUCAGGAGAUAGUUUACGGAGUGGUACCCUUCCAUUAACCAUGGAUCCCCUGGAGCAGAAACUGUUGUCCAGUCCAGCUGUUGUUGACUUGAUCAGUUUUUCAGAUCACCCACAGUCCAGCCACACCAUAGCUGAAGAAACUAGCCCUGCAGCUGAGCAGAGUGAUAUGGCAGAAGAACAGAGUAAAGAUCCCAGAACCAUGAAGACAUCUGCCAAUAAUCCACCAAAAAGGGGAGUGUCCUUGACUCGGAGCCACAGUGUUGGAGGUCCACUGCAAAACAUUGAUCUUUCCCAGAGACCAUCUCAUGGUAUUUCAACAGUUAGUCUUCCAAAUAGUUUGCAAGAAGUUGUGGAUCCUUUAAUAAAAAGACCUAACCCUCUCCCUGUAUCUGUACCCUACUUGAGCCCUUUGGUACUGCGUAAGGAGCUUGAAUCACUGUUGGAAAAUGAGGGAGAGCAAGUAAUUCAUACAUCCAAAUUCAUCAAUCAACACCCCAUAAUUUUCUGGAACCUAGUUUGGUAUUUCCAACGGUUGGAUCUACCUAGCAACUUACCUGGACUCAUUCUAACAUCUGAACACUGUAAUGAUGGAGUGCAGCUUCCUUUGACAUCUCUUGCUCAAGAUAGCAAGCUAGUAUGCAUCCAUCUUCUGUGGGACAAUAUCAACCUCCACCAAGAGCCAGGGGAGCCUCUGUAUAUAUCUUGGAGAAAUCUCAAUUCUUCUGAAAAGAGACCUUCCACAGUGGCAGAAGAUCAGCAGGCAACAAACACUUUGUUGGAGAACAUCAAACUAAGUAUUCAACACAAUAACGUUGUUAAACCAAUCAACCUCCUUCUACAGAAAGUUAAGCCAGAUGUGAAACGACAGAGGAGUUUCUAUAGAGAAAUUCUUUUCCUGUCUCUGGUGUCUCUUGGAAGAGAGAACAUUGACAUUGAGGUCUUUGAUAGUGAAUACAGACUUGCACAUAAAAAUCUACCAAAAGAUGUUCUUGAAAAGAUGCAGAAAAUAGAUGCUCCACCAAGCAGCAGGGUUGAGUGUUGUAGGAAGUGCUUUGGAGCACCUUUAAUAUAAAAACGAGGAAGACGCACGCUAAACUUCAGUGAGACAGAAGUAGAGGUGAACAAACCAGGAGCAUGGUGAUAUAUACACUUUGAAUCCCAAAAGGUGAUAAUUGAGCAAUUUGUCAAAGCAAUUUCAUUGAGCUACAACAUAUAUUCUUGUCUUUCAUCUCAUGAAACACAGUGUAAAGUACGUUAAAAUGUUUUAAAACUAUAUUAAUAGGGUGAGUUGGUUUCAGUAAUGAUCUGCUUCUUUUUUCUGUAUAUACUUCUCCUUUUCCUUCCUCAAAUCUUUCCCCCACAAUAUCUAGUUGUUCAAAAAGGUGAUGAUAAACAGCAGCCUAUAGUUGGUGAAUUUCUUAAAGGCCACCAAUAUUUGUGUAUUUUAAUGAAAUACCUUUCCUGCCACAGAAUGCUUAAUUCUUCACUACUUCUUUAAAAUUACCUUUACCUAAAGAGGGAUCUUUUUAUUGGUGUGCAGUAUGUAUGUAUGUAUGAAUGUAAAUAUUUGAGU